AUGAAGUUAUUCAUUGUCAUCUUGGCUAUUCUUAGCUGCAUGUGCAUGUGCAAUGCUCUUUUGGAACCUAUUGCAGUGUUUAUUAAAACUCUAGCUGGAGGAGAGCAAAAACCUGAAGAUGGUGAGCCUCGUGUAAUUCCUCGUUCUGGUGAUUCGCCUGACAAUGGUGAACCGGAGCCUCGUGUUGCUCGUUCUGCUGAUUCUCCUGACAAUGGUGAAACGGAGCCUCGUCCUGCGCCUCGUCCUGUUCCUCGUUCUGAUGAUUCGCCUGACAAUGGUGAAACGGAGCCUCGUCCUGCGCCUCGUCCUGUUCCUCGUUCUGAUGAUUCGCCUGACGAUGGUGAACCGGAGCCUCGUCCUGUGCCUCGCCCUGCGCCUCGCCCUGUGCCUCGUCCUUUUCCUCGUUCUGAUGAUUCGCCUGAUGAUGGUGAACCAGAGCCUCGUCCUGUGCCUCGCCCUGCGCCUCGCCCUGUGCCUCGUCCUUUUCCUCGUUCUGAUGAUUCGCCUGACGAUGGUGAACCGGAGCCUCGUCCUGUGCCUCGCCCUGCGCCUCGCCCUGUGCCUCGCCCUGUGCCUCGCCCUUUUCCUCGUUCUGAGGAAUAA